ACGCCUGGCGAUUGGGUGAGCGCGGAGCUAAACUGUAUUGUACAGUAAAAAGACAAGACACCGAUAACAACAACAACAGCUGCGGCUGCAUGAGGCUAACUAAAGACACACUCGCACUUUUCGGGCUCACGGUAUAAAGAUUUCGGAUGUCACGAUGGCCGCAAAGUUCACCAUUUCCGACAGCGAGUCAGAGCCCUCCGAGGAGGUUGAGGAAGGAGAUAACAGCCAAUCAUCAUCUGAGCAAGCACAGCGGGUUACUUUAGGCCACAACCUCACCCUACCUGAACUCAGAAUGGCAGGUCGAAUCAGGCUGAACUCAGAGUCCCACGCUACCACGGUCUCCAGAGAUGAGGAGCUCCAGGCCAGGGGGGAGGAUGAGGCUGGUACACCAACUGAAGGAGCUCCAUUCCGGGGACGGUCCAAGUCAGCUCCCCCUGCCCUCUGGGCAGCCAAGAAAUAUGGCCGGCAGCUCCGAAGGAUGAGCGACGAGUUCGACAGCCUGUUAGACAAAGGGGAGAUGAAGAAGGUGAAGAGCGCUGGGGCGACCAGACAGAUGCCCCACUCUAAAACCUGGUGGAGUUAUCUCUUCAGUCACCAGGAGACAGAGGGAGAGAACAACCACCAUGAAAACCACACGCACCGCACUGAGUAGACCACUGGAAAGUAAAGAGCGACACAAAGUUGAAAGGAUGGAGAGAUUGUUGGAAAUGAGAUGACGAGAACGGGGAAAGCCAACAGAACAACCGAUGAAAACAAUGCGAUCUGCUCUGAGUAAGGACGGAUGACAGGUUGGUGUGAUCAAAAAAAAAAAAGAGAGAGAGAUAAAGAUCCAAAAACAAAGACAUGGAAAGGUGGGACGAACGGUAAUUAAAACUGAGCUGAAUGCGUCCCGCUCAUUUUUUUAUGUCAUUGGUUAGUGACAUUUACAUACAUUUUUGUAUUUGUGAUGGUUGUGAUGUUAACGAUAUUUUUGGGCAGGUCACUGUGAAAUGGUGAAAGACAGACAGGCAUGAGGACAGACUGUUAGCUAUCCGAACCCCAUAAAACGGAUGAUAUAAAAAAAAAAGAUGUAUAUAACAUAUAAAGGGAUUCGAGGGGUGAAAACUCAGUUAAAAACAUGCUUACCACUUCAGUCGUCUCUCACAUCGACACUAUGCAAUAUACUGUAGAUGGAGAGAUAAAAGUGCUGAGAUCACACACCGGACUUUUUGAGGCCAACUUGAACGCUGUUAGAAUUUCCUUCCUCCCUCAUUUUCUUGAGGAAAUCACUGAUGCUUGUGUGUUUCCAAAUGUUUGUGCUUGCCUUGCGCCAGCUUGUGGACAUUACUGUAACUGUGUGCCAAAAUACUCACACUGAGUAGAGCUAUACAUGUGUAAAGGAAGGUUUUUUAUUCAGUUAAAGGUGCAGUGUGUAGAAUCUAGUGGCAUCUAGUGAAACAGAGUUUGCAGAAACGGAAUAUAAAAUUAAUAAGUAUAAGUAUAAGUAUGUUUUUUAAUCACCUGAAAAUAAGAAUUGUUGUGUUUUCGUUACCUUAGAAUGAGCCUUUUAAAUCUACAGAGGGGUCCUCUUCCACAGAGCCCGCCAUGUUGCACUGCCAUGUUUCUACAGUAGCCCAGAAUGGACAAACCAAACACUGGCUCUAGAGAUGGCCAUUAGCAUUUUUCGUGGCCAUCGUAAUGUCUCCUGAAUGGUUGGAAGGGGAGGGGAAGGCAUAUUCAGUUUGUUGCAAUCUGCAGCCUCACCACUAGAUCCCACAUACUGCACUUUUAAGUGUUCAUAUCGCAGCCUUUAUCCAGCUUCUGGCACACGCAAGCCAGCACCAUUCAAACAACUGUACUCGACUAUCAUUAACAGCUUUAUAUCUCCAAUUUUCAAAAGAAAGAACAAUCUUGUACAAGGACAAUCUCUGAUGAUGCAGAAAUAAUAUCUUUUGUAAAACUUCAGGGUUAGAUUAUAUCUGAAGAAAAUGAACAUUAAACAUACAUAUAAAAAAAAGCACAAACCAAUAUGAAUCUAUCUUUUUAAAGCCUUGGAUGAGCAAAAAAAAAGAAUAAAUAAAACAGACACUGGAAUUUUUAUGUGUACAUAUUUUGUUAAUAUUGUAUCAGAUGACAGCGGUGGGGAUUAUAAGCAAUGUGGUUUUUGGGACAGAAUUUUUAUUUAACAUGUUCCUAUUUUACAAAGUUACCAUGCUGUUUAAUGAGUGUGGCCAACCUAGCAAUAGGCAGUGUACAAUCCAUGGCUGUUGUGAUACAUGUUAGGUGCAUAUUUAAAGAAGUCAGUGGGAGAUGAAUUAACUGCUAUACAAGGAGUCAAUACCCAUUUACUCAGCACCCGAUGCAUAUAGAAGGUGGAUGUAGCGUCUAGUCACAUUUAAACACAGGUGCAAUCUACUUUUUUGAACUUGAUCACAAAAAUCAGUUUUCAGUCCUGUUGGGAUGUGAAUUUGUUUAAAUGUGGGUUUAUCUACAUUGGGGUGUGACUAUAAUGGGAUCUUAAUCUGUCAAGCCUUUGGUGUAGAUGUGCUGAUCUAACUCUAGAUUGGCAAUUUAUGUGUUUAUAUUCAGGCUUUUGAGGAUUAUUAGCAAUGACUGCACACAGACCACUGCUCAAAAGUCAUACAUUUCUAUAAACAAAGAUCAGCACAUCUACACAGCUUGGUAAAUAUGACUGGGCUACAUGUGACUUGUUUAUCAAUAUGUGAUUAUUGGAAAUGGUAAUAGGUUUGUUCUACUUGUGUCUUAUUCUCUUCCUCUCGACUUGUAGGGUUGAGUUGUGAAGCUCUCGGUGUGCAGGCUUAUAGGCUGCAUUUGUACUGUCUUUGAACUACAAGUUCAUUCCCAGCUUUUCUUGCGCAGCUUUUCAAAUCAGAAAGAGAAACUUAGACAAUCUUGAAUGGCACCACCUUGUUCGGUAGAUUCAACAACGUCUGCCAUGUGUUACGUAACAUAUGCAUCACCCUGACUGUGUAAGAUGAGUUGACUGAAAGAUUUUGGCAACCCUUUAAAUUAAUAAGCAUAGAGCUCCUGGCAAAAGGAAUGACUCCUCAGUUUUACGAUAUCAGAUUUUAACAUGGAGGUCAAGAAUAAGUGUUUUAAAUAAUUGUGCUGUUGUAAAAAAUGGUGUUUUACAUUUUAACGUCACUUCUGUGUCUGUACUUUGACCCAAAGAGUACAGCUGGCAAAAAAAUAUGUCCAUGGUGUUGAGAGCUUGGGGCCAGAUACGAAUGCUUUACUCUCUGUAAAAUAAAAAAAAAUCAGCUGGAAUUUAAUUUUGUCAUGAACUGCCUUGAACAUGCUGUAACCUGUGAUGUGACACCGCAUAGCCAGCAUUACCGCCUUAAACUUUACAGCUCGCUGUCAAAUAUUCUGCUCAAGAAACACAAUCGUGUGGAGGUGCAUUUGCUGUCACAACUGUAAGAAAAAUGUUAUCACAAACAACAGAUAGUGACUUAAAAAAACAAGUCAUGCAGCCAUUAAUGGUUUUGACUUUUUGGCAUUUGUGGCAGUGAAGACAUCCCAGAGGAAAAACCUGCUUGGGCACCUGUAGUUUUGCAACCAUCCUUGGUAUUACUUGAAUCUGGAGAUGUAUGUAUGUGCGUGUGUGUGGAGAAAAUUGAAUUUUAAUAUUUCUUCUUUUUUUUAAUUUUUAAUGACUUUUGUAAAUGUAUUUUCUCUACAGCUGUGAAACUUCUGGUAUAUGCUGUCCUGAAUAAAUAAUUUUAAGAGUG